AUGCCCACGAACGGAACCCACCAAGCAUUAAAAAUCCAAUUUGGAUUGAUCAAUAGUGAUAAUAAGUACCUGACCGCAGAAGCGUUUGGAUUCAAAGUCAAUGCAUCUGGUGUCAGCCUGAAGAAGAAGCAAAUCUGGAUGUUGGAACAAGACGACGGCAACAACUCUGUGGUAUUUUUCAAGAGUCACCUUGGGCGCUACUUGUUGGCUAAUAAGGACGGCGAUGUGUCAUGCGAGGCCGAACGGCCCGGUGUGGAUUGUAGGUUCACCGUGAUCGCACACGCCGAUGGCAGAUGGUCUCUGCAGUCCGAGCCCCACAGGCGGUAUUUUGGCGGAACUGAAGACCGUCUCUCGUGUUUUGCCCAGACCAUUACCGAGUCUGAACUUUGGUCCAUUCACUUGGCCAGUCACCCUCAAGCCAACCUUUUAAGUGUCAGUCGGAAAAGAUACGCCCAUCUCUCGGUGCAGGAAGACGAGCUAUCCGCCGACAGCAACAUUCCUUGGGGCGUGGACGCUCUCAUCACCUUGGUCUAUCAGGAGAAGAAGUAUAGUAUUCAGACCAGCGACAACAGAUUUCUCCGGAACGAUGGAAAGUUGAUUACAAAGCGCGAUUUGGGCACUACCUACACUUUGGAAUUUAAAGCGGGCAAAAUCGCCUUCAAGGACCACGAGGGGAAAUAUCUGAGUGCACUGGGGCCUUAUGGUACUCUGAGAUCCGGAAGAAACUCCAAGCCCGGGAAGGACGACCUCUUCGACUUGGAGCAGAGUCAUCCCCAAGUGGUGUUACGAGCUUCUAAUGACCGGCUGGUGUCGGUCAGACAAGGUAUGAAUAUCUCAGCCAACCAAGAUGAAGAAACGCAUCAGGAAACCUAUCAGAUGGAAAUUGAUAAAGAGAGCAAGAAGUGUAUCUUGCGUACACACACAGGAAACUUCUGGACAUUGGUGGCUCAUGGAGGGAUCCAAUCCACAGCCACUGAAGUAGAUGCCAACUGUUUAUUUGAAGUAGUGUGGCGUGGGAGAAGAAUUGCACUUAAGGCCAACAAUGGCAAGUACAUCUGUACAAAGAAAAAUGGACAGCUUGCAGCAGUGAGUGAGUCAGCUGGCGAAGAUGACGAGUUUAUAUUGAGACUGAUUAAUAGACCUAUCCUGGUACUACGAGGAGAUCAUGGAUUCGUCUCUCACCACAAAGGUUCCAGCACGCUUGAUGCCAAUCGGUCAGCUUACGACAUCUUUCAGCUUGAAUUUGAAAACGGAGCCUAUCACAUUAAAGGCUGUGAUGGCAAGUUCUGGUAUGUAUCCAGUACUGGGACUGUCUGCACUGACAGUAUCAUUCCUGAAGACUUUUACUUAGAAUUCAGAGAUCAUGGUCGACUGGCUAUCAAAGGAAAGAAUGAAAAAUAUCUGCGUGGAAACCAAGCAGGCACUCUUAAGGCAGACGCAGAUGAAGUGGACAGUUCCUCACUAUGGGAAUAUUAA